GUGAUUGUGUAUGCGGAAGUGAGAAGUGUUUGGUAACAAAUCAAAUUCAGUCAUAAAACGCGACCUUUUAUCCUAGUGCAAUUGUAUACUUAAAUAUAGAUGAAUGAUUGUUAGGGUGUGCGUUUAGUUGUGCUGUUUGCUUGUGAGGAGGACGAGUAACUUCCACAUGGAAGCCCAUUUUAAACAAAACUCAAAACAACACAAUUGGAAUCUUACAGACACUAAUCAAUGGAGAUGUAAUCCAUUUGCUCAGAAAUGGAGCGUUCUUCGCCUUUGGCAAAUUCAGCACCAAUUCCUAGACUUUGGAACAAUGUUAGCAUGAAGAUCGCCGUGCUGGGGGCCAGCGGCCAGACGGGUCAGUUUGUGGUCAAGCAAGCGCUACAGCAGGGUCACAUCGUCACCGCUGUCGUCCGGAACCUGGACAUGCUCACCGUACGUCAUGACAACCUUCAGGUGGUGAAAGCUGACAUCUUCUCAAUGGACAGCCUGAAGACUCACUUCAAAGGGACGGAUGUGGUAGUCUCCUGUUUAGGUUUCUCUACCUCCUUCUUCUCCAGCGUGACUGGGUACACUGACUCCAUGCGGGCAAUGAUCGGAGCCAUGCGAGAGGCGCGUGUCAACAAGGUCAUCACAAUGACGUCAUGGUACACUGACCCCAACUCUGGCACGCAGUCGCCGUACCUGAUCCGCUUCUUGCUGCUGCCCCUGAUCCGCAGCGUGCUCAGCAACAUGUGGGAAAUGGAGCAGUACCUCCGGCAGGUGGAUGACAUCAACUGGACUGUGGUGCGUCCGCCCGGUCUCAAGAACUUGCCUUCCUCAGCCCUGGAGUUCCUGACGCACGAGGGCUACUUCGUACCCGACGAUGGCGGGCGUCCGGCGGGCAGUGCCAUGGGAAGAGGCGACGUCGCUCGCUUCAUGCUGUCGCUCCUCAACAGCAACGCUUGGGUGAAGAAGGGAGUGGCCAUCACCACCAAGUGACAAGCAGACACUAAUACAGCCUAGUGCAUUACACUCACUGGGCGUUAUAGCCUAUACAUAAAAUCUAACUUUUUUUUUUUCACCAUAAAAUGUCAGUGACAAUUUUUCCCAAGAGCUCCAGACAUGUUUAACCCUGUAUAGGGCAGUCAUUUAAGUCAUUGGCUACCAUUGCUAGACGUCCAGUCCAUAUUGACUGAGAGGGGUGUUUAUAUACACAUAGUGACAUUAUAUAUUCCGGUACACAAAAAAAAAAAAAUGUUAAAAAUGGGGCGGGGGGGUGACACUAUUUUCCGGAUUUUCACUUCACGCAGUUGGUUCUGGUCCCCAUUAACAGCAAUAAUUGAGGGAUCACUGUAUUUCUAUGUUCAUUUAUUUAUUUUAGUGCUCCAGCAAAUGAUUAUUUCUUUUUAUUCUUUUUAUCGAAGUAUUUUUCCCCUAUUGCUAAAUAAAUGGUAUGGUCAUGACAAAUAACAGUCUUGUGCUAAAUGCAGUAUGAAAUAUUAACAAUGCAUUUAUUCAGUACGACAUGGCAAAAUUACUCCAUAAUGGUCAAAACUGUCCACUUCUUGCACCUCCCAAAGUGUAUUUUAUGCCACCGGCCUUUGUCAUUGCCCUGCCCGCCCCGGCUUCCGAAACGGAGGAGAGAGCAUAAACAACGGCGGGCUGGCACUGC